AGCAAGUAGAACUCCUAUUCUUCUUUAUAACUACUCCUCGCCAACAAUACGGUUUUAGCCUAGAUUUUGGGGAACCAUGAACUGUACUCCUAUGAAAUUAUACAGUAGAAAAGAUGGUACAAAAUCCAAUUUUAAAGAACAAUGUCGAAAGUGCUGUGAAGAAACAGAUUAUCAUUCUUCGAAAAAUUAUGGAUAUUCAUUAUCGUUUGUAAGGAAACUUCUUGAAGAUCCUCGAGAAUAUCCCAAGAUAUCGGUUAAAACAAUAAAAUUACCCGAGAAUGCAAUUUGCUAUAACUCAGGUUGUUCUUUAGAUAAAUGGUCGAAGAAGAAGCCUAGAUUGAAAUCUGCAAAUAAAAAAGGACCACACAAUAACGCCGAAGUCUUAGACGAAAACGCGUAUGAUAUUACUGAAAUUUUAGAUUCGUUAGGUAAUUUAGAUACUACAAAAGAAGAUUCAAACAGUUUCGAAAUGAAUUCAGAUAUUGAAGAACUUUGGCGAAAAUCGCAAAAUAAAGAGGAAAGUUAUCAAGUUGAGAAUAAAAAACAUCACAAGUUAUCUAAAAAACACAUGAAGCGCAAAUUGAAAAAAUGCAUUAAAUUUUCAUUUUCGAAACCUCCAAGUCCACAAACAGAACAAGUAAUUAGGAUUGAUAUUUCCUCUACAAUUUCAGUUAAUACAUUGAAGAAAACUGAACAACCUACAGGUAGUGUCAACAAAAGUGCAUUGAAGAUAAAAAGAGAUAAUCACAACAUGAUUCCGCCUAGUGAAAGACAGGAACAUGAAGAACAUAAUUUCGUAAUUUGUUGCAGUCAGUUACCAGUUGAACGCAAAGCAGCUAUUGCAAUAAUGCCUUAGUGAAUUUGACCCAACCAGCAAUUAAUUGUUUUUUUAAAAGGAAUUUAAACAAGAUAGAAAUACUUUGCUGCCGAUGCAUCAGCGGUGGAAAGCUAGAUGAUGGUGUCUCAAAAAAAGCCGUAGUAGAAAAUGCUAACAAAUUUGAUUAGAAAAUUAACUCUAUACAAGGCUUCAUGGCUCAAGUGGUUAAGCGCUUAACUUUCGAUUUUGCGAUCGGGUACAAUUCCUGAUAAAUGUAAUAUUUUUUUUAUAUAUAAAAAAUAAAAAUUGCUGUUUGUCUAAUUUAAAUACCAUUUUAUUUAUAACAUAACUCCUAUAACUAGACAAUCUGUUAAUAUUUCAGCUAUUUAUUUUAUAUUAUUUUAAUAGAGGAUCAGGAUCAG